GAGAAACCGAAACCGCAGAGAUUCCAGUGCCUGAUAAGCAUGGCUACCUGAGACCCUGGGUUGGCCUCCGUCUUUCAGCGCAGGUGGUGUCUUUAAGAGCGAAUCCUCAGCGUAGUAUGCAAAAUGAACCCCCAGCUUCCUUGCACCCUGAAGUUGUGUGGCUGAGUCCCAGCCCCAACAGUGUUGAGGGUUUGAAGUUAAGCCAGUGGAUUGUGCUCACCAGUCCAGACCCAGUGCAUGCAAGGGGAGGCAUCCUGGGGUCUUUCUCAGGCCCUGGCUCCUGUAGAGUCAUGGACAGUCACUGGGGAUGAGGAAAGACUCCAGGUAAUCCCUUACUGCAGAAACAACCCACAUCCCCCCCUUAUCCCUCCCGUAUACCCCACUGUCUUCGUCCCGUCCUCCGACACGGAUCAGAGAGUCCUGAGUCUGACUGCCUUGAGGUGUGUAUAUACAGCAGAGGCUCCUUUUCCCUUUGCAGACGCUCCUGUUUGUUUAGUUUGUGGGCAAAGGUCUCUCUUAGCUGUUCACUGGGCUCUAACAGGGAAGAUAUCAGAUGGAUAUCUUGUGUUUCCCAUUGUUUGGAGAGAUGACUUAACAGCAGACAAGUUUUGAGUGCCCACUAGGGUUAUGCCCUGGGCAAAGUGCUUUAUGGGCAUUGUCUUGGAGGUAUGCCUCCCACCAGCUGUACAGGAGAAACAUCAUUGUCCUGGUUUCACGGAGAAGGAAGCCAAGGCAUGGAGCGGUUAAGCCACUUGUCUAAACUGCGUGGUGCUGAGAUCCUAACUCCAAAGCCUGCUCAGGUGCCUGCCAGGUGCACUGCCUCCCCCGGGACCAGACGCUGUGCACUUUCCUUGGCGCUGCAGGGCUGGUGUCUGUGGAGAUUCAGGGAAGUCUGGUGCCCCAUGACCCUAAUCAGGAAAGCUCGGCAGGAAAUGAGUGGUGGGCCUGAGGCAGCUCGGGAGGUGGCCAGGGCUGCCACUGCCUUUGCCAGAGCCAGUGCCAACUGAGGACCUCUCCAAGGGACUCAUCCUCCAUCCUUCCUUCUCCUGGCAUCUGAAUCUGCCCGGCAUGCAGGGUCCAGUGCCUGCCUCUCCUCGAUCCCUGUGCCCCACCAGCCCCUGGAGGAGACACCCAGGAGGCCUUUGGCUCUGCCAGUGCUGGCUGGGGAACCACAGGAGAGUUGGAGCCCUGACCCUCUGCCCAGUCCCAUUCUCCAGGGAGGACAGGCACGAUGACCAACUCCCCGUUCCUGGAGCUGUGGCAAUCCAGGGAGGUGUCCAUCCGUGAGCAGCUGGGCAUCGGGGACCAGCCCAAUGACUCCUACUGCUACAACUCAGCCAAAAACAGCACCGUGCUCCAGGGGGUCACCUUCGGUGGCAUCCCCACCGUCCUGCUCAUAGACGUCAGCUUCUUCCUGUUUUUAAUAUUGGUGUUUUCCAUCAUAAGAAGAAGAUUCUGGGAUUAUGGCCGCAUUGCCCUGGUGUCAGAAGCAGACAGUGAGUCCAGAUUCCAGAGGUUGUCGUCCUCCUCUUCAGGGCAGCAGGACUUUGAAAGCGAGCUGGGAUGCUGCCCCUGGCUGACUGCGAUCUUCCGCCUGCAUGAUGACCACAUCCUGGAGUGGUGUGGGGAGGAUGCCAUCCACUACCUGUCCUUCCAGAGGCAUAUCAUCUUCCUGCUGACGGUGGUCAGCCUCUUGUCGCUGUGUGUCAUCCUGCCCGUCAACCUCUCGGGGGACUUGCUGGAUAAAGACCCUUACAGUUUUGGGAGGACGACAAUCGCGAACCUACAGACUGACAAUGACCUCCUUUGGCUGCACACCAUCUUCGCCAUCAUUUACCUCAUCCUCACUAUAGUCUUCAUGCGGCACCACACCCAGUCCAUCAAGUACAAAGAGGAGAGCCUGGUGAGGCGGACCCUGUUCAUCACAGGACUCCCCAGAAAUGCCAAGAAGGAGAUGGUAGAGAGCCACUUCCGGGAUGCAUAUCCCACAUGUGAAGUGGUGGAGGUCCAGCUGUGCUACCACGUGGCCAAGCUGAUUUACCUGUGCCAGGAGAGAAAAAAGACUGAGAAAAGCCUGACCUAUUACACAAACCUGCAGGUGAAGACAGGCCAGCGGACCCUCAUCAACCCCAAGCCCUGUGGCCAGUACUGCUGCUGCGAAGUACAGGGGUGUGAGUGGGAGGACGCCAUCUCCUACUACACGUGCAUGAAGGACAGGCUGAUGGAGAGGAUCACAGAAGAGGAAUGCAGGGUCCAGGACCAGCCCCUGGGAAUGGCCUUCGUCACCUUCCAGGAGAAGUCCAUGGCCACCUACAUCCUGAAAGACUUCAAUGCCUGGAAGUGUCAGGGCCUUCAUUGCAAAGGUGAGCCGCAGCCGUCCUCCCACAGCAGAGAGCUCUGCAUCUCCAAGUGGACCGUCACCUUCGCCGCUUACCCCGAGGACAUCUGCUGGAAGAACCUCUCUAUCCAGGGCCUCCGCUGGUGGUUCCAGUGGCUGGGCAUCAACUUCACUCUCUCCGUGGGGCUGUUUUUCCUGACCACACCCUCCAUCAUCCUGUCCACCAUGGACAAGUUCAAUGUCACCAAACCCAUCCACGCGCUGAAUGACCCCAUCAUCAGCCAGUUCUUCCCAACCCUCCUCCUGUGGUCCUUCUCGGCCCUGCUCCCCACCAUUGUCUACUACUCUACACUGCUGGAGUCUCACUGGACCAAGUCAGGGGAAAAUCGGAUCAUGAUGACCAAAGUCUACAUAUUCUUGAUCUUCAUGGUGCUGAUUCUGCCCUCCCUCGGCCUCACCAGUCUGGAUUUUUUCUUCCGGUGGCUCUUUGAUAAAACUUUUUCGGAGGCCUCUAUCAGGUUGGAGUGCGUCUUCCUGCCUGACCAGGGGGCCUUCUUUGUGAACUACGUCAUUGCCUCGGCCUUCAUCGGCAACGGCAUGGAGCUGCUGCGGCUGCCCGGCCUCAUCCUCUACACCUUCCGCAUGAUCAUGGCCAAGACCGCGGCCGACCGCAGGAACGUCAAGCAGAACCAAGCUUUCGAGUACGAGUUCGGAGCCAUGUACGCGUGGAUGCUGUGUAUCUUCACUGUCAUCAUGGCCUACAGCAUCACCUGCCCCAUCAUCGUGCCAUUCGGCCUCAUCUACAUCCUACUCAAGCACAUGGUGGACCGGCACAACCUCUACUUCGUCUACCUCCCGGCCAAGUUGGAGAAGAGGAUCCACUUUGCGGCUGUGAACCAGGCCUUGGCUGCUCCCAUCCUGUGCCUCUUCUGGCUCUACUUCUUCUCCUUCCUGCGCUUGGGUCUGAAGGCUCCCCUCACCCUGUUCACUUUCCUGGUGGUGCUGUUGACCAUCCUGGUCUGUCUGGCCUACACCUGCUUUGGAUGCUUCAAGCACCUCAGCCCUCUGAACUACAAGACAGAAGAGUCGGCGAGUGACAAAGGAAGUGAGGCAGCAGCCCACAUGCCUCCACCAUUCACACCCUACGUGCCCCGGAUUCUGAACAGCUUGUCCUCAGAGAGAACAGCCCUGUCCCCGCAGCAGCAGCAGACCUACGGUGCCAUCCACAACAUCAGUGGGACAGUCCCAGGGAAGAACACGGUUCAGAGUCCUGCGGACAGCGUGGUGGGCGCCCACCAGGAAGCCUGAGGGCAGGGGGGCUGCCAGGCUGGACCGGGCUCCAGGACUCGGGAGGUGAGGAGACACAGGUGGAGAAGCAGCUUGACUCUGACCUCCAACCAAAUUCAGGACUUCUUUCCACCUGUUUUAAGCACAACAGCUCUAAAAAUGAUGGACACAGAAAGGGGGCUCCGGCCCUUGGCUGAGGGGAAAAGGGCGGGCCUGCCAUCGGGCGGUGGCCUUCCGUAGUCCCAGCAGCUCUGCGUUCUUAUUGGCCCCCCCAAGGGUCUGUGUAUUUCCAACUCCCCCUUCUGUGUAAGUGUCCAGCUCUGCAGCUGGGAUGAUGUGAUUUUUAGCAAGAUCAUGUGUUGGAAAUGUGUCCCUCCGCCCAUUAGCUAUGGUGACUUUUAUCAAGUAAGAGGGGAUGUACCAUGUGGACGACCUUCUCCCUUCUGAGCAUGCACACGACUGAUAACCGAAGAGCCUGCAGCAGCCGCAGGCCGGAGAUAGCUUCCAGAUGAGGGUCCAGAUCCAUCCCAGCUCCCCCUUCUGGGAUUAGGCCAUUCACACCUGUCCCCGGCCCCCAGGAGUGCGCUUCGGGGAGCCGGCGGGGAACGGGCCAGUGCUGGGAGGUAGCAGGCUCCUCCACAUCCCCCGCUGUGGUUCUGUGCUUUUCUGUCAUGUUGCCAGUGACACUGUGGCUGGGUCAGGCUCACCCUGCAGCAGGCAGGGACAGUGAGGACCACUAAUAAAGUGACCAUUUAGCCAGA